CUGAUUGCCGCCAAAGCAAGCCCUAGGCACGGAGUACAGACUCUAGAGUCACAAAAAUGGAAGAAGAGUCGCUGCGAAUUCGUAGAUAUGAGGAAAUUCCAUCGGUCGAAGAGUUUUCGUCUCAGAUUGAACCCAAGAACGUUCCUGCUGUAUUUAGUGGAUGCAUCAAGAACUGGAAGGCUUUCUGUAAUUGGAACCCUUCCAACGGCGGCCUCGACUAUUUAGAGGAACGAGUGGGGUCAUCAACCGUGGAGGCUAUGCUAUCCAAAUCGGCACCAGUCUUUGAUGGUGCUAUUAGAAACCAUGAGAGGGUUCCAUUGCCAUUCUCUACUUUUAUUGGAUAUUGUUGGGAAAUUUUCCAGAAUCAAGAUAAUGAUAUUUGUUUAGAAUCAGAGAGGCAUGGGUUGGCAGGGUCCAACAUAGACCAUGGAGGUUUGCUCUCUGGAAAUGCCCAUCAGCAAUUAUAUUUAGCCCAGGUGCCAAUUAUGAAUGUUGAGAAUGAAGAGAGGAAUCAACUGGAACGUCUAAGAGAAGAUAUUGAAACGAUACUUCUCAUUAAAUCGUACAGCCUGCAUGUUUGAAGGCGAAAUCCAUAGUUUCUGUGAAUUUGUGGAUGAACAGCGCUCAAGCUAGAUCAAGCACUCACUAUGAUCCACACCAUAACCUUCUUUGCUUAGUCACUGGAAGCAAAAAAGGUUUGUUAUUCCUCAAUUACUGAAAGAGCUUGUUUUCCACUCAUGUGCUCUUUGUAAGCUUGUGGUUGCAUCGUUUUUUUUAGUUAGGCUUUGUUGGUA